GGAGGCUAAGCUGGUGAGAAGACGCCUGGCAGAGACCCGAGGUGACCAGAAUGUCUGUGAGGCCACACACACCACCCACCCUUCUUGGAGCCAUCAGACCUGGGUGCAGAGAGCUGCUAUGUUUGUUGGUGAUCACGCUGGCAGUGAGCCGAGGUACUUCCGGGGUCUGCCCCACAGCUUGCAUCUGUGCCACGGAUAUUGUCAGCUGCACCAACAAAAACCUCUCCAAGGUGCCAGGAAACCUUUUCAGACUGAUUAAGAGACUGGAUCUGAGUUAUAACAGAAUUGGGCUCCUGGAUUCUGAGUGGCUACCAGUGUCAUUUACCCAACUGAACACACUAAUCAUACGCCAUAACAACAUCACUAAUGUAUCCACGGGCAGUUUUGCCACCACUCCAAAUUUGAAGUGUCUCGAUUUAUCAUCCAAUAAGUUGGAAUCCGUGAAAAGUGCAGUGUUCCAUGAGUUGAAGGUUCUAGAAGUGCUCCUGCUUUACAACAAUCACAUCUCCUGUCUUGAUCCUUCAGCCUUUGGAGGCCUCUCCCAACUACAAAAACUCUACCUAAGUGGAAACUUUCUCACCCAGUUUCCCAUGGAUUUGUAUGUUGGAAAGUACAAGCUGUCAGACCUGAUGUUUCUAGAUGUCUCUUAUAACCAGAUCCCAUCCCUACCCAUACACCAAUUAAGUGGAGUGCCAGGAAAACAGCUGAGGGGACUCUACCUUCAUGGAAACCCAUUUGUCUGUGACUGUUCCCUGCACUCUUUGCUGAUCUUUUGGUAUCACCGGCACUUUAGCUCCGUGACGGAUUUUAAGAACGAUUACACCUGUCACCUGGGGUCUGACUCCAGACACUCCCACCCGCUGCUUCUGAUCCAAGAUAGUGUUAUGAAUUGCUCUGACAGCAUUGUCAAUAGCUCCUUCCACGUCCUUGGCUUUAUUCACGAGGCUCAUGUUGGAGAAAGGCUGAUUGUCAACUGUGACAGCAAGAUUGGUAAUGGGAAUACGGAUUUCAUCUGGGUCAGUCCGGAUAACAGAUUACUGGAGCCCCAUAAAGAUGUGGAAAACUUUCACGUGUUGUACAAUGGAAGUCUGGUGAUCGAAAGCCCCCGUUUGGAGGAUGCCGGGGUUUAUUCCUGCAUCGCAAUGAACAGGCAGCGCCUGUUAAAUGAAACCGUGGAUAUCACCAUCCAUGUGAGCAAUUUCACUGUCAACAGAUCCCACGCUCAUGAGGCGUUUAACACUGCAUUCACCACUCUCGCCGCCUGUGUGGCCAGCAUCGUUUUGGUCCUGUUGUACCUCUAUCUCACACCGUGUCCGUGCAAUUGUAAAACCAAAAGACAGAAAGCUAUGCUAAACCAAAGCAAUGUUCAUUCCUCUAUUCUCAGUCCUGGUCCGGCUAGUGAUAACUCGGCAGAGGAUCGCAAGGCAGGUAAAAGAGUCGUGUUUCUGGAGCCGCUGAAAGAAACUGCGGCCGGGCAGAAUGGGAAAGUCAGGCUCUUCCCCAGUGAGACCUCGAUCGCAGCCGAGGGCAUCUUAAAGUCGGCUAGAGUGAAAUCUGACUCUGAUUCUGUCAAUUCUGUUUUCUCAGACACACCCUUUGUGGCAGCCAAUUAAUUGUGUGCCUGUACUUGUGGGCCAUCGUAGUCUCAUCUAUCCAUAUUGUCCAUAACUUGUCCUGCAGGACAGAAAUAAACAAUAAAUAGCAGGAUAGUGUGUGUGUG